AUGGCAACGUCAUCACCUUCGGCGGAGGCCACCGCAGCCACGACCACGCCUCUCCAUAUGGCGACAACUACGGUAAAAGUAGACGGCAUGACCUGCGGCGCCUGCACAUCUGCCGUCGAAAACGCAUUCAAGGAUGUCCAGGGCGCUGGCGAGGUCUCGGUCAGUUUGGUUAUGGGCCGCGCCGUUGUUCACCAUGACCCGACUGCGUUGCCGCCUAGUAAAGUCGCCGAAUUGAUCGAAGAUAGAGGAUUCGACGCCGAGGUAUUAUCUACGGAUAUGCCUCAAACGACUGAUAAGAAGGACCAUGCGGGUGCACAGUCGUCCGUCACAACAAUUGCUAUAGAAGGGAUGACCUGUGGUGCUUGCACCUCCGCGGUCGAAGGGGGACUUAAGGAUGUCGCUGGUAUAUAUUCAGUCAACGUAUCGUUGUUGUCAGAACGCGCCGUUGUUGAGCAUGAUUCUACCGUUGUGACUGCAAGUCAAAUCGCCGACAUUAUCGAGGACCGGGGAUUUGGCGCAUCUGUUUUAGACACAAAAUCGGCCGAGCCUUCCGACAGCCCAUCGUCGAACAACACCACUCAAAUGAUGUCUACGACCGUCGCAAUAGAAGGCAUGACAUGCGGUGCAUGUACAUCAAGCGUCACAAAUGCAUUCAAUGACGUGGAGGGCUUAGUUCAAUUCGACAUUAGUCUGCUUGCCGAGCGCGCCGUCAUAGUACACGAUCCCGAGAUUUUAUCGUCGGAGAAGAUUGCUUCCAUGAUUGAGGAUGUGGGAUUUGACGCCCGUGUAUUGUCUUCUAUACCCCAUUUAGGCGUGUCUCAUAAGACAUCCAGGACUAUACGACUUACUCUAUACGGUCUGAAUGGCGCUGCGUCCGCAUCGUCACUAGAAGAAGUCCUAAAGCAGAAACCUGGAAUAUCCUCAAUCUCCAUUGAUAUCUUGACAUCUCGUGCAACCAUUAUACAUAAUCCCACGACAAUCGGGAUUCGAUCUGUGGUGGAAGCCAUCGAAGCGGCUGGAUAUAAUGCAUUACUGUCUGAUUUUGAAGAUAAUAAUGCCCAACUGGAAUCGCUUGCGAAGACCAAGGAAAUACAAGAAUGGAAGCGGGCCUUCCUGUUCUCUGCCUCCUUUGCAGUACCGGUGUUCCUCAUCACGAUGAUCUUCCCAAUGUACCUGAAGUUCCUGGAUUUUGGCCAAUUUUGCAUCUUUCCCGGUCUCUAUUUAGGUGAUCUUGUUGCCUUGGGUCUAACGGUUCCCGUUCAAUUCGGCAUCGGUAUGCGAUUUUACAAGAGCAGUUUCAAAUCGUUGAAGCAUCGAUCUCCUACCAUGGACGUUCUUGUCAUGCUAGGCACUUCUGCUGCUUUCUUCUUUAGCGUGUUUACGAUGCUCGUUGCGAUUUUCGGUAGCCAACACAACCGUCCAAGCACUGUUUUUGACACUAGUACUAUGUUGAUCACCUUCAUCACACUUGGUAGAUGGUUGGAGAACCGAGCAAAAGGUCAAACCUCAAAAGCACUUUCUCGACUAAUGUCGCUUGCACCUUCUAUGACUACCAUCUACGAAGACCCUAUAGCAGCGGAAAAGGCCGCCGAGGAAUGGAACGAAAAGAACACUGGCGCUGGCGCUGCAUCUCAGGCUGGACAGGGUGGUCUGAAAGCUGUGCCGACAGAGCUCCUUCAAGUCGGAGAUGUCGUACUUUUACGACCAGGCGACAAGGUCUCUGCGGAUGGAGUCGUCAUUCAAGGUGCAAGUCAUGUUGAUGAAAGUAUGAUUACGGGCGAGGCUCGGCCUAUUAAUAAGAAGAAAGGCGAUGCCGUCAUUGCUGGUACCGUCAACGGGGCUGGUUCCCUCGAGUUUAAGGUGACUCGUGCUGGAAGCGAUACCCAAUUGAGUCAAAUUGUGAAGCUGGUGCAAAACGCCCAAACGAGCCGUGCUCCGAUUCAGCGCAUGGCAGAUAUCGUCGCAGGAUACUUUGUCCCCAUCAUCAUUCUUCUCGGUCUGACGACGUUUGUGGCCUGGAUGAUUCUGAGUCACGUUUUGCCCCAUCCGCCAAAGAUUUUCAACAAGCCCGAGAAUGGCGGUAAAAUUAUGGUUUGCUUGAAACUGUGCAUCUCGGUCAUUGUCUUUGCAUGCCCCUGCGCCCUCGGUUUGAGUACCCCAACUGCCGUGAUGGUUGGAACUGGAGUUGGUGCGGAAAACGGUAUCCUGUUCAAAGGUGGCGCUGCUCUGGAAGCCGCCACGAAAGUCAACCACAUCGUCUUCGACAAGACUGGAACCUUGACGGAAGGUAAAAUGAGCGUCGCCGAAACCAAGUUGGAACCCACCUGGAUGUCGAAUGAUUGGCGCCGUAAGCUCUGGUGGCAGAUUGUUGGUCUCGCGGAAACCAACAGCGAGCACCCAGUGGCAAGGGCCAUUGUUGCAGCAGCGAAACAAGAGAUGGGUUUGAUGAGUGACGAUUCUUUGAAUGGAACGGUAGGCACCUUUGAUGCAACCGCUGGCAAAGGCAUUUCGGCUACUGUCGAACCGAUGUCAAGUGUAGAACGGACUCGGUACAGUGUUCUAAUGGGAAAUGCCAUAUUCCUCCGCUCCAACGGUGUGAAUGUUCCUGAGUCGGCAGAGAGUACGGUCAAUGACUCAGCUUCUCCUGAGCCGAAGAAGGACGACUUUGCAGGAUUUACACAAAUUCACGUUGCGAUUGAUGGACACUACACAGGUACUAUUUCAUUGCGAGACGCGCUCAAAUCGAGUGCUGUCGCAGUUGUUGCAGCGCUACAUAAGAUGGGAUACCAUGUUUCAAUCGUUACUGGUGAUACCUACCCUGCUGCGUUGGCAGUGGCACGCGCCCUUGGCAUUCCCAAAACCUCUGUCAAGGCAGGUGUUGUCCCCAGUGGAAAGAAAGAGAUUAUCGAAUCCUAUCAAGCUGCAGGCGACAAAGUGGCCAUGGUUGGCGAUGGAAUCAACGACUCCCCAGCCCUUGCAACUGCAUUAGUCGGCAUAGCCCUCGCUUCCGGAACCGAUGUCGCCAUGGAGGCCGCCGACGUGGUUCUCAUGCGAUCCGACGAUCUUCUCGCCGUUCCAGCAAGCUUAUCUCUAGCUCGCACAAUCUUUAACCGUAUCAAGUUGAAUCUGAUCUGGGCCUGUGUCUACAACAUAAUCGGCCUUCCUUUCGCCAUGGGAAUUUUCUUGCCAUUCGGCGGUGCUCCCUUACCGCCCAUGGCCGCCGGUGCUGCAAUGGCGGCAUCUAGUGUGUCCGUCGUGGGAAGUAGUCUUCUCCUCAAAUUCUGGAAACGACCUGGUUGGAUGAAAAUCGAUUUACUCGAGGAAGACGUCAAUGGUGGAUUUUCCAAGCCUCCUACUACAGAAUCUCAAUGGAAAUCAAGCCCAUUCAGUGCCACUGGUGACCACAGACGCGGAACCAUUUCUCGUCUACGUACACUGUUCACGAAAUUUGUCUUUGGCAAACAGUCCAAACAAGUCAGAGAGGAGGAAGGAUAUGUACCUCUGCAAACAGUUGAAGUUUAG